AUCCCAGAUCCUGAUCGAAAGCGUCCCGCUCAAGCCGUGCCCACAAGCAACGAGCAUAUGCAUAUCACAGCUAGCCCCAGCACCCAACUCCACAGCAGCUGCAGUGCAGCAACAGCACAAAUGAGGGUAACGACGUAGCAAUGGGAGAAACCAAAGCCGAACAGCUGGUGACGGCCGUGUACAAGGUGCACGUCCACUGCAAGCAGUGCGCGAACACCAUCGUGACACAGUUCACGCAGUUCCCAGGAGUCAGAGAGGUGAAAUUGGAUGGAGGAAAGGUGACAGUGAAGGGCAUCGGCUUCGACGCCGAGAAGCUCAGGAAGAAGGUCGAGAAGGGAUGCCGGAGGAGAGUUGAGCUGGUGCCUCCUCCCAAGGACAUAGUCACUGAGGUCAAGAGCAAGAAGGAGGAACUGAAGAUCAUCACUGUAAGGGUUCCCUUGCAUUGCGCAGAGUGCGCAGCCAGGGUCAAAGAGGUUCUACUUGAGCACAAAAGCAUUUACGCGGCUAAGAUUGACCUUGGGAAGAACUUGUGUGUCGUCGAGGGGGUGAUUGAGGAGAAGAAACUCUUUGAAUACAUCUACCAUAGAACGCGCAAGUACGGCUUCAUCGAAAAGGUUGAGAAGAAGGAGAUCAUUGUGGAAGAGAAGGUUGAGGUGAAGAAGAAGGAAGCUGAGAAGAAGAAGGAAGGCGAGAAGAAGGAGGAGGUCAAGGUGAAGGAGAAGGUCAAGGAGGUCGUUGCUCCCUACUUCAUCCCCUGCACGCACCCUCACUUCAUCGAUUACUCACACCCUGAACUCCAUGGAUUCAAGGACACGGUUUUCUUGCAUUGCUCACACUCUAAUCAGUUCCUCAGUAACGAAAACCCGGAAGCCUGCUCUGUGAUGUAGAGUAAUUUCAGAUAGAUCCAAUAUUUAUGGAAAACGUGCGUCGAGGUAUAGUAUUUAAUACUAACAAAACUUCGCAUACAUCCAGAAUAAAUUUGCUUCAGUUCAGAAAAGAAAGGUUGCGCUGCAUGUCCUAUAUGUAUCUGUGGGAAUUCCGUAUCUGUGUAUACAGGCAAGAAUCUGAAGUUCUGAACUAAGUUACAGAGAACAGCUCUCAUAGUCAUAUAUGAACAGUAUGUAGCUUGACAUUCCCGGGCUGCAUAUCUUGUUUCAGGAAUCAGGCUAGUUUUUCAUGUGCCUUAAUGCUGAGACUACGAGAAAUGCUAUCAGGCAACCAAUGUUACUGAAUAUAAGCGAUAGUUAUCAUUUUGUCACCAUAAAAUCAAAGUGUGUCAUUCGUGUGAAGAACACAGGACAUUUAGUUGGAAGCAUAUAUUAGAUCAGCAAAUACAUGAACACACGAAAUUGAAGAUCGAUCUCUUCACACGAUCUGACAAUCAAUUAAUCAAUAGAUAUACACACACUUCAUGUUAUUUCUUCAGAUCAAGUUAAGAUCUUCAAAUCAUGAAAAGCUAGUUACUACUAUCAGUGUACGUACGUGAGCGUAGCGCUGCAACUUAACCCAGCUUGCAUGCAUAGUGAUCUUACAGGAUUUCAAUAUAUUUUGGAAGAAAACAUUUGUCUCCCUCUCCAAUUCAGGCACAUGUGCUAAUACUAAAUGAUUCACUCAAUUCAACAUUUUGUAAUUACUUAAUAUAUAUAUGUAACUAGGAAACAUUUCGACAUCAAAGCAUGAUGUACCUAGGAAUCUAUUUGAGGUAUAAUAAUGAAAAAGAGGCAAACACAAUAUAAAGAAAUACAUGAACCUGAACUUUGUCAAAACAAGUACUAAGUGGUUAGUUCUCUAUAAUUUUCAU